AUGGAAAAUAGCCUUACCCCAUCUUCAGGGGAAUCAGGCGGUGCCAAGCCGAAAAAACACAAAUCAAGAUUAGCAGCUAGUUUUCAGGAAGGACAAACACCAUCUACCUCAACAGAAUCAGGACAAUCAGGUGUGAUGGUUCAUAUUAUUUCGGAUUCAAUUGCCAAGGAUGUGGGUGGUAUUUGGCAUACUAAAGUGAUAGCCUUUCCUGGAAUUGGUAUUACUCGUCUAUCAGUAAGGAUUCAAAGUUCACCUUACUUAGUUUCUAAACCCGUCACAAUUAUACAUGUGGGUACAAAUGACAUAAACCCUAGAAAUCCCAACGAAGAAUAUUCUGUGGACGAUAUUAUUAGUUUUUAUAAUAAUAUGAUUACAUUGAUCAGAAAUGUUAACCCACAUACUCAUAUUGUUUUUUCAUCCAUUUUGCCACGUCCAUGUGAUUAUGAACAGACUAAGGAUAAGAUCAAGCAGGUUAAUCAGUUAUUAGAAGUUAAGUGCAAAGAAAGAUACUGCCAAUUUAUUCACUCAUUUAGACCAUUUUUCAAAUACGGCAAACCAGUACGUGCUCUUUUUGCUGUUAGAGAUAAAGGCCUCCAUCUUAACCUGGAAGGUACUCGUCAGUUACGCAAGUUUUUCAUUAACACAGUAUCUCACUUACUUAAAGGUAAACUUGCAAUGUAAUCCUUAAAACAUAUUAAGGGUAUCACCAACACAUAGCACAAACAGAUAUAUCCUUAUCAUUAAAUAUCAAACAAAAAUUUUGGUUCAUUGGAUAAGGACAUAAAAUGUGUUACAAUAUAUUAUAUGAUUCUUAGAAUACGUUUUUCAUUACUCAUUAGAUUGUACUGGAAGUUUUGAUCGUUUGUAUGUGUUGUGAUUUCAAAAAUUUUUGGACUUGAUAGUUGGACUUACAGGGUUGUGAAGGAAGUACUUUAUUCCUUUAGACCUUUACACUUGUAAUGAUAGUACCUUUAUAUCAUUCUAGUGAAUUUCUCCUUCUGAAGAAGGUACCUUUACUUCUUUGAAGGUUUAAGACAUGUGGUAAUGGUAGCUUUCACGUUACUCAUGUCUCACUAGGACUCCUUUGAUGUUGAGAUCAUAACAUUCACAAUCGACCAGGGCUUAUAUCUUGUAUGGUUUUUUAUUUUUUAAUAUUGUAAUUUAUAAACAUGAUGUAUAUAGUGUCAUUAGUAACAUCUUGUCAUGAUUAUUACUUUACAGUUGUAACAGUAUGCAGUCAUGUAAGUGAUUUCAAGUUACAUAAGUAUUUAAUAAAUUUUGCUUCAUUGACUUCCUUCAAUUUAAUUACCAUGUUUUAUUUAAUUUGUCUUAUUUGCUUCAUUUCAUUUGCUAUAAUUUCUUUAAUUUGCCUUUUUUUUUUUGGUUUGGCGGGUUUUGGCGGGAUUUGCUCAGUAUAAGCUCUUUGGCUUAUUCUUGUUUAUUGUUAACAUAUGAUUUACAUUGAAUUUCAUAUGGUAUUUAUUAGUUAGUAAUAAUUGAUUGAAUAUUACUGAUUCAUAUAAAAUAGUUUGAUCUUUGGUAUCGUGUCAUGCAUUUAGAUCUAAUAAAAUUCAUUUGAUUAUUUAUUCUAUUUGUUGUUUUGAGAACUGGUUAUGAGAUAAUUUCAAGCAUUUUAUGCCAUAAAAUCUUUUAAUUAACAAAUAUAACAGCGAUCAUAUAUUUUAUGGUUUUAUUUGGUUCUAUUCUAUUCUAUUCUGAUAGUCAGAAUGGAUAAAUAAUUUGGUAAGCAAGAUUUCUUCCCCUUUAAUACUCUUCAUAAUGAAAGUCAAAUAAAUAUUUAAAUUUACACAUGAAUAACUUUGUAUUCAUCCGCCGAUAGUUUAAAUCAGCUGUUUUGCUGGGAC